UUUUUACGACAUUUUCCGGCUUCCCAUUCACUUCGCCGUGAAGAUGGCGUCGGGCAGCGGGGCAAAAAACUUGGACUUUCGCAGAAAGUGGGACAAAGAUGAAUACGAGAAGCUCGCGGAGAAGAGGCUCACGGAAGAAAGAGAGAAGAAGGAUGGAAAACCAGUGCAGCCCGUCAAGCGGGAGCUUCUACGGCACAGGGACUACAAAGUGGACUUGGAAUCCAAGCUUGGAAAGACAAUUGUCAUUACUAAGACCACUCCACAGUCUGAGAUGGGAGGAUAUUACUGCAAUGUCUGUGACUGUGUGGUGAAGGACUCAAUCAACUUUCUGGAUCACAUUAAUGGAAAAAAACAUCAACGAAACCUGGGCAUGUCUAUGCGUGUGGAACGUUCCACUCUGGAUCAAGUAAAGAAACGUUUUGAGGUCAACAAGAAGAAGAUGGAAGAGAAGCAGAAGGAUUAUGAUUUUGAGGAAAGGAUGAAGGAGCUCAGAGAAGAGGAAGAAAAGGCUAAAGCAUACAAGAAAGAGAAACAGAAGGAGAAGAAAAGGAGGGCUGAGGAGGACUUGACAUUUGAGGAAGACGAUGAGAUGGCAGCUGUGAUGGGCUUCUCUGGCUUUGGUUCUACCAAGAAGAGUUACUGAGGCUUUUUGUUUGGCCUAAUUUUGGCCUAUAUUGGACCUAACUCUGCGUGUGUGUGUGUGUGUGUGUGUGUGUGUGUGUGUGUGUGUGUUGGGGGUGGGGUGUCAUUUCUUUUUUGGGUACUGGAAAAAGUCCUUAAGAGUGCUAAUAAGCAGGGCUAGAGGGUGAGUGUUUGUGGUUUCCCUCUACCUUGGCAGAGGAUACAGGAUGUAGAGUAAUGCUGCGGCAUAUUCCCUAAGCCUCAGUAUAUCACUGGAGUCACAAGCACUGCCCCUCUGAGUUCCCGGUAAAGAAAGACCUCCCCCGCCGAGGCUGCUGUUCCGAAACUCCCCUGCAUCAUUCCCUCUUCAUGUGUCCAACUGUUUGUCUGAGCAUCCUCCUCUUUCCUGUGUUUAGCUUUUGGUUCAAUUUUGGCUCUUUGAAGCUUUCAACAGAAGGGCUCUCUGGGUCCCCAGCUUCCAGUUGCUGGCAUAUCCUUGCCCAGCAUCUCCUCUCUCACCCAGUGGUUCUUUGGCCACUUGUGCAUGCAUGUGUACUUCUGCCUGGGUCAAUAGUGUGUGUGGGUACGGGUGCACGAUCUGUCACCAAGAAGGGACCUGAGCUAGAAUCUCAGAGCAUGGCUGCCCUGAGGCUUGAUGUUCCUGGUUUCCUGGAUGCAUGUAACAGGAAAUUAAAUGGGAUGAGUGUUUGGUGUGGUUUGUGUCUUUUGAGUUUUUUAACAUUGUUCUUCACAUACAGGCUGUUUCAGCUCCUGUUUCACUUUACUGAAGAUUUCUCUGUUUUUGUUUUCCUUGUGAGUAGGCUCUUGAAAGAACCUGUUUGAUGCAAAACAAACAAACAAACAAAAAACUAUGAAACUGAAAACAAACAGCAAAAACCCCAAACCAACCAACCAAAUUCACUCUUGGAACUUUUGAGUCUUAAAGGCUGUUCGACCUGUAUAAUAAAUGACACUGACUGGUCCUGUUUUGCAUUCAGUGGGAAUAUUUCCAUCUUCACUUGUUUGAUAUGCUUCCUUCCCACACAGGAUUUUCAUAUAGAACCUUUCUCUUUUUAGUUGACCUCUGUCACUAUUUUAACCUAGGUUCCUGUGGUGUUAUUUGAUAACAUUGGAUCUUUGUCCACAGAACUCUGGACAAAACUGUUCAGUCUCCUGUAAUUUCAGCCUCCUUUGAUUUUUAAAUAGCAGAACUCAGGGUUGCACUUAAUGUUUUCUCAACUAUCUGCAGUUGAGCUAGGCACUGGGUUACUCAGUCUUGGCACUAUUGAUGUCUUGAGCCAUAUAAGUCUUUGUCUUAAGGGGCUGUUAGGUUCAUUGUAGGAUGUUUAGCAGUAUUCCUGGCCUAUUAGAUGCCAGUAGCACUCCCUUUUUCUGUUUGUGGCAGCUAAACAUGUCUGUCCCUAGGGAGGGAACAAAUUCCAUCCUUCCCAUUAAGAACCACACAAAAAAAAGCUGUCUUCUCUCCUGUUGUGUGAGUAGUUGGCCAUAGAUUGGUUAACUAAAAACAUAAUUCUCCCAAAUUCUUACAUCUUCUGGAUCAGGUAUCGUGCCAUGUCUAAGGAAUGUUGGGAGGGGGAUAUCAAGUACUUCCCAUAAAGAACAACAGUUAUGUAAACUUGACCUCAGAAUCUCCCUUUGCUAGUUCUAUACCCUGAAUAAAGGGACCAUUUGUGUUAACAA